AUAAACUAUUCUGGCAUUUCUACUGAGGAAACAAUUAAACCUUUAAGCCUAUAUUUUACUACUCCUAUUCCGGAUAUUGUUAAUACAGAAAAAUCAGGUACCACAACAUUUGAUGCAAGUGAAAAAUUUGCGACAGCAAUUUCUGGUAUAGAGGAGUAUAGUACAGUGUCUUUUCUGGAUGAAAAUAUUACAACAGUAGUUUCUGGUGUAGAAGAUAAUUUUACAACAGUAGUUUCUGAACCCAUAAAUAAUUUUACCACAAUAAAAUCUGAUGCUGAAGAAAAUAUUGUUACCACAGUUCCUUCAUUUUUUAGCACUGCUGGAAGUUCUGACACAGAUGAAAAUAUUACUACAAUAAAAAGCCAAACUUUCGUACCUUCUUAUUCAAACAAAACUCCUGAAGUAAGGUCUUUUGAUAAUUUCACAUCUUUUAUUGAAAAUUUUACAUUAACUUCAGAUCAUGGAUAUAUUAAUACAGAUUUCACUUUAUUUAACUCAUCUAUUGAAUUAACUACACUUUCUGAUAAUCUUUCUAUAAAUUCUUCAACUUUUUUUUAUUCUACUGAACCACCGGUAACUGAAUCUUCAGAAUCAGGAACAGCUUUUCAUAAACAUACAUCACCCAAUACAGACGCAGCAAUAAAUGCAACUUCUGAAACAACAUCAGCAAAUGCUUUUGAAGAACCAAAUUCAUCUGAUACAACUUUGAAUUUUUUUACCAUUGAAAAUAUUUCAACUAAUACAGAUACUGCUAUUACUGAAAAUAAAGAAGUUGUUUAUAAUGCCAUAAGUGUAAAAAGUGAUGAUAAUUUGGCCACAAACACCCCUGCUUCUUCUAUAUUAGAUGCUACUUCUACAUUAAGUGAUAUCGCCAAAAUGUUUGAGGAGAUUAAUGCUACAAGUGAAUUUAUUUUAGAAAAUUUUACAGAAGUUGAAUCGAAUUUUCCUGUUACAGAAUCUUUCUUUCCUGAUAGUACAUCUAAUCAAAAUAGAUUUAAUGGAAGUGCAAAUAGCACAAAAGAGUUAGAAGUAAAUCCUAAAUAUUUAUUAACUACUAAUGUAUUUCCUGAAACUUCUACCACACCUACAAGUUUUACUGAGAGUGCAGAUAAAACUCAAAGUGAAAUGUCAGUAUUUUCUGAAAAUAAUGUCACAACAUUGGACAUACCUGUCACUGAAGCUACUGAAACUGAACUUUUAGGUGAAGCUGUAACACUUGAUGUGACAUCUGAGGUAACUACAGUAAUUUCAUCUGAAAGGGCAAAUUCUGAUAACACACAAUAUUCAGUUACUACUAUGAUGACAGACAGGGAUAUAUCAACAACAAAUACUGACUCAAUUUCUACUAUUUUUGAACCUCAGACUAAAGCCACAACAGUUUUCUUUGAAAUCACAAGUAAAUUAGAUGAUUCAAUUUUAAGUACUGAUAAUAAUGCUGAAUAUUCUACCAUUUCUUAUACAGUGACCACCAAUAAUCCUCCAAAUGACACAGAACUUAUACAAGACAUGAAUGUGACUAUAGAAACUGAAACUUCUGAGCAGGUCAAUAUAUCUACUGUGAGUUUCAAUGAAAGUUAUACAACAGAACUACCAAAAAAUAGUGAAGAAAUUUCAACAUUAAAUUAUACAUCAUUUGAAAAUGAUACCAUUGUCACUACUGAAGAAGCAUAUUUUGAUUCUAACUCAACUGACAUAAAAAAUGCAACAGAUGAUGAUUACUUGGAUGCCUUAACUGUGACACCUAUUAAUUUAGUAUUUGCUGAAGAAAAUUCAACUUUCCUUGAUGAUAGCAGCAACUUUACAGCAGAGACAUAUGAGGAUGCUUUGAAUGGAACCACAACAGAUGCUGCUGUUGGUCUUGUUUGUAGAGAAGAUCAGUUUCUGUGUGGACCUUUAAAUGUUUGUAUAAAUAAUACAUUCUUGUGUGAUGGUAUAGAAGACUGUCCAGACGGUCAAGAUGAAUUUAAAUGCCAGGAUUCAUGCCAAAGCAAUUUCAAAUGUGUAAACUCCAGUAUGUGCAUUAUGAGUGAAGCUCGUUGUGAUGGCAUAUGGGACUGUGAAGAUGGAACAGAUGAAGAUGAUUGUACUCCAGCAGAAUGUGCUAAACAUGAAGUAAUGUGUCUGGAUGGGAGCAAAUGCAUUAAACCUGGCCACAUUUGUGACUGGAAGUACAAUUGCAAAGACAGAAGUGAUGAAGUUGGUUGUGUUGAAAGAACAACCUGUGAAUCUGGAGGGAAGUUCUUUUGUAAUGAUGGUCUGUGUAUACCUUGGUCUUUAAAGUGUGAUGGAGAAUAUGAUUGCAAGGAUGGAGAAGAUGAAGGGAAUUGCACUUGUCUUAGCAAUGAAUUCCAGUGUAAUGACGGGACAUGUCUUCAAAGUUCUCUUCGUUGUGAUGGCCGUCAAGAUUGCCGUGACGCUGAUGAUGAAAUGGGAUGUGUAAAUGUGGACACUCAGAAUGUUGUGAUAACAUUUGAACCGUAUCAUAACAAGUGGGCCAUGCUUUGUGGUGAAGAUUGGACUCUUGAUGAUGGUCAUUAUCUUUGUCAGGAGCUGGGUUUCGGUCAUGCCUUAAAAGCAGAAAAAGUUCAUGUUUCUUUCAAUGGUACAUGGAUGGGAAUGAGAAGAGAAAAUUUAACAGAAUCUUCAAUGUGGACAGAGCGAGUGUCUUCUAUUGAAAUUUGUGCUAGUAGUUUAGCAGCAACAGUGGAAUGCCAGAAAUUUUCAUGUGGUGAAUAUCCUGGGCUUCUACAUCGCAGGAAGAGAGAGGUUCUUGGUUCAUCAUCAACACAAUGGCCAUUUAUUGGGUAUACUUCAACAUUCCAAUCCAACAAAGGAUGCCUUUCUGAAAUUUUGACACCUAUAUGGCUUAUAACUUCUGCAGAAUGUUUAAAUUCUAUAAGAAAAGAGCCUUAUAAUGGAUCAGACUGGUAUGUCAGGACAAACAUUGGUAAAAAUGUUGAUGCUGAUUCAGCUGCUGAAAAACAUGAAGUUCUUAGGAUAAUUUCUCACCCCCACUCUUCUAAAUUCCGUUCUCUUACUAUAAGAGAUUAUGAUGUGGCUCUAAUUAGAUUGAAACAUGCACUUGUCUUUGUUGGUGACAAAAUUGGAGCUAUAUGUCUGCCAGAAGAACAGGUCCCUCCUGGAAUAACAUGUUUCUCUGGUGUUCUUGGAACUCAAAGGCCCAGAGCAUUACCCCCACCAGAACUAACAAUCAACAGCUUGGCUUUACAAAUCAUCGACAGAAAUCUCUGCAAUGGUAUUGAUCAUUACAACAAUCAGAUCAAUCAGAGAGGGCUUUGCACACAAAGCAGUGAAGGACAUACAAUCUGUGAUAAUGAUGAAGGCACACCCUUGAUGUGUCUGACUGGUAUAAAUAAGUGGUUUUUGGCUGGCACACUAACGUAUCAGAGAUUCUGUGAUGUUUACAGUAAGCAUCCAGCAGUAUUUAGCAACCUGUUUUCUAUGAGGAAAUUUGUUGACCAGGUUAUUGGUCAAAAACAGUAUGAAACUCCAUAUAAUAGCAGCAUGUAUGUAAUUAUUCCACCUACAACACCAAGUCCUAUAGUUCCUGAAAUAACAACACCAUUAACUUCAACGACUGAGAUGCUAGAAACUACAACAUUGGAAACAACUUCGACAACAUUAGAAAUGACUGGCACAACUAUUGAAACAACUACUUCUAUCUCUGAUAGCACUGUUAUUACAGAAAAGUUAUCUGAAAAUCUACAGGAUGCAACAACUGAAUUCACUGAAGAAUUUAGGAGUGAAGAAAAUAUCACAGCAGCUUUUGAAAUUACAGCAAAUUACAGUACUAGUGCUGAUGAUGUAACAUAUGAUACAACAACUGCUGUAAAUACUGAUAUAUUAGAAUUUGGUGUGGAAAAUUCUACAACUAGACCAAUGUUUUCUGAAGAUGAAAUAUUAAGCAAUAAUUCUGUAACUGAUAAAACACAUGAUUCUUUAAUGAUGUCUUUCCUGAAUGAAACUUUUGCAGAUUCUGAAGCAAAUGCAACUGAAAUAUCUAUAUUUGAAAAUGGAACUAGUUUGUAUGAUAAUGAUACAAGCAGUGUCCUUGAAGAAAUCACAAGUACACCUAAUCCAUUAACUACUCAUGAUGGAUUAUCUGUUUUCACCACUGAAUCUUCAAAUCUUACUUCUGUUGAUAGUAAUGAGAAAACUUCCCCAGGUGCUAUUAUUACUUCUGAUACUGAUGAGGUAAAAACUAACACAAUGACAACAGAAACAUUUACUCUGCCAAAGGAAGGUACAAUUUUAACCACAAGUAUGGUUACUGCUACUUUUAAUGAAAAUUUAAAAAUAGAAUCUACCACAAGUUCAUAUAAAGAAGACUUUGUUAAUCCUGAUUUAAAAGCCACAACUUUAGAAAUGAAAACAGAACCUAAACAUAGAGAAAAGUUUGAAUUUGAAUUAACAGGAGAACCUGAUACUGACAUGACUUUUGCUCUUUUUAGUGAUAUAGAUGGAAUUAAACUGGAAGCUGAAAAAGCAUCUAAAAAUGUAAAUUUAUCUAAUAUUUCCAAAGAAUAUGUACCUAGAAGUAGAAACCUUGAAGAACAGCCAUUUAUUAAUGCUUCUGAUAUUUUUUAUGAGCCGAUACCUACUGUUGGUGUUCCUUAUGAUUCAAACACAACAAUUUUUUCAAGUGAUGGAAGUUUUAAAGAACAGCCAUUUAUCAAUGUUUCUGAUAUUUUUGAGCCUAUAGCAGCUACUAAUAUUUCCUAUAAUUCAGAUGCGACACUCUUACCUGAAAGCAGAAAUCAUGAAAAGUUGCAUCUUACAGAGACGACGCAUUUGACGGAAAGCUAUAAUCUUACAGAACGACCUAAUACUGAUGCUUAUGAUAUUUUGUAUGAAUCUGUAACCACAACUGAGAUUUCUCAUAAUUCAGAGACAACACAUUUAACAAGUAGCAGUUAUACUGAGGAAAACCCUCAUACAAGUAACAUGGAUAUCAUGCAUGAUUCAACAUUCACAACUGAUGAUCUUCUAAAUUCAGAAAUAACACAUUCAACAACAAGACAAAAUCUUGAACAACCUAAUAGCAGUACAUCUUAUGUAUUUUAUGAGCCAUUAUCAACCACUGAUAUUCCUUAUGAUUCAGAGGCAACACAUUUAUCCAAGAAUGAAAGUUUUGAGCUGCCACAUGAAAAUAUUUCUAAUACCUCCAAUAUGCCAUUAUUCACCACAAAAAUACCUAGUGAUUUAGAAACAACCCAAGUUAUGACAGCAGUUCAAGAUACAUCUGUUAAUAUAUCUGGUCAAGAUACUAUGGAUGUGACAACAAGCAGUUUGAUAACAACCAGUAUAAAGAUGGAUACCAGUAUAAAGAUAGAUUCGAAAGAUGGGACAACAGCUGUAUUUGAUACAACACAAGAUGUAAAUACCACUGAACCAUAUUCUGAAGAUCCAACUUUUAUUACAACUGAAAUUCCUGUUGUGACAUCUGACAUCACAAAGGAUGAUGAGACAGCAUCUGGUAGUAAUACACAAAUAUUUAAUGAUCAUUUAAUAUCUGAGAAGUUGCAAAUUCUAGAGGAAAAAAAAUUUACAGCAUAUGACACAGAAGAAUGUGGUAUGUGGGACCAGGAUUCAAAUGUAACAGUGACAAGCGAACAAUUUUUUAUGAAAUGGCCUGCACUGGGCUUCUUGCAAAUGGUAUCCCAUCCAAAGAUGUGUGCCUCAAGUAUUUUAUCACCACAUUUUGUGAUAACAUCCUUGAGCUGUCUUUCUUUCAGGGAUAAUCAACUAAAUCCGGAUAAAUGGGCAUAUAUUGGAGGUCUGUAUGACGAAUCUUCUUCAAUCAGUGGAACACAGAGUCAUUUGGUCUCUAAAAUAAUUCCAUAUCCAAACAGAAAUCCACCUCUGCUGUUUAAUGAAAAUGAUUUAGCGUUAGUUCAAGUGAAAGAUGAAAUAAAGUCGGAUCGAUACUCAAAAAAUGUUUGUUUACCAUACGAUAAACCACAGACUGGCCAAGAGUGUUUCAUAUCUGGAUGGAAAAAAAGUUCUUCAGAUGAUGACCAAGGAAGAGAAUUUCUUUCGAUUCCUGUGAGCAUUAUUUCUAAUGAAGAAUGUAAUAACACCGCUAAUUAUAAUGGAAUGUUAUUAGACUCUUUGAUAUGUAGUAUGAACAAUAAUGAAAGCUUUCAAGCAUGCCAGAUGGACAUAGGAUCACCUCUGUUCUGCCUUGGUGAAAAUGAAAGAUGGGAAAUACAAGGAAUUUUAAACUUCCCAAGUCCUUGUGACAUGACACAACCUGCUGUCUUCAAUAGUGUUUAUAGUAUUCAAGAGUGGGCAAUUGAAAUUGUCAGAAAUGAAACUACAUACACAUCAUUUAGUGAAGACUGAAAAAAAAAUCCCUUGGCUGUAGAGUGAAAUAAUUUUCAGAAACCAAUGCUUUUGUGAUAAGCCAACAUUUUUAUGAGAAUGUUUCACAAUUCUUCUUAGUUUUUGCUUUCUUUUACAAGGCUGCCAAGUAUUACAUGAAUGUCACUGGUGAUGAGAUAGCUGUGAUUUAUUCAGUGAAUACAAACAUUUCUUUGCCUUUUUUUUUUUUUUUUUUUUUUGAAGACAUUUGUUUUGCAUGUGUAUGUGUGUGUGUGAAACUAGUACAUAAGACUAGUGAAAAUGCGAUUAAGCUAGUCCAGCAGUUGUAGUGAUAAGUGCACAUCCUAGUGAGCAACUGUUAGAAACUGUCCAUUAUGUUCGAAUCAUCUGUGAUGUUGAACGUGCCUUAAUGUGUGACUAAAUGAAAACAAGAAUGAUAAAGACGUUUCAUAAAAGAAGUGUAUAGUCUUGUAUAUUUGCUCUGAACAUGCAGUCAAAUGUGAAAGAGUUGACAAAUCGGCAAUUAAUAUUAUGCUGAUUUCAGCUGCUUUUUCAAAUGCACAUAAACAGUAUGUGUCCAAAUUAUAUGUGUUGUUUUAGGGUUUUUUAAAUUUCUGCUAUUUAAAAACUGUUUCAUAUUUUAUGAGUGCAUGUGAUUGAAGAUUGUGCAGGGAACAUGCCCAAAGUUCACUUGAUAAACUGAUAAGAAACUUUUUUAGGUCUUAUAUGAUAUUUUUCCAAUAACUGUAUAUAAUUUACUGACAUAGAAGCACAUAAUACAAUGCCAUGGGGAAUAUCAUAAUGCAAUUUAAUAGCUGCUAACUUAUUCAUGAACUAGGAUUUUUGAUUUUGUGAGACAGUGCUUUGAAAGUAAUUAAAACAAAAUUUGCUAUAUUACUGAAUAGUGUAUUUGUUCAUUAUGCUCAUUCUUCUGCAGCUGAAAAAUGCACUUACUAAUAGCAAUUAUUUGAUUUUAUUUUAAUAUCUAAGAUGUGCUUUGUUUAACUAAAAAGGAAAUGGAAUAUUUUUUGGCUUUAACAAUACAUUAAUAAUGGAAAAAUCUUCUACAAAAAUUAUAAAACUUAAUAAAUGGUAACUAUUCCUUUUAAAAUUCAAUACUUUGCAAUAUAUAAAUAGAAUUAUAUGAUUUAUUUUAAGAUAUUAAUUUGUGAAUAAGAAUUUAAGUAUAAUUAAAACUUGAUUGGUGAUAUAGUUAAACAGAAUAAGCUAGGAAUCUUAAUCAAAUGCUCAUUAUAUUUAACAAUGUUAUAUGUUCUACGUGACCUUAUAUCCAAAUAGAUAACUUCAUGAUUUAUCAUUAAAAAUUAAUUUCAAAUUAAUAAUAAAUAAUACAUGAAUGCAAAAAUAUUGUAUAAAAUUUUAUAUUGCUGCCACAUAAAUACAGUGAUGUAACAUUUUUGCCAUCAAAUAUUUAAAUAGUGAAAUAUCCAGGCAAAAUUUUUUAGACAUUUUCAAUAUACUCUUACACUUUACAAAAUAUUUAGAAUUUUUCCUGCAUUUCAUUAAUGCAUCUAGUUUAAAGUUUUUGAGAGUUUUGUAUGUAUAUUAAUUAAGGCAUUUUUGUAUGUAUAUUAGUUAGGUGUACCAGUGUAAAAAUACCAUCACAUAUUUAUUUGUAAAUGUGAAAUUUGAAUGUGACUUUUUUUAAGAACUUAAAAAAGAAAAGAAAAAUUUUAUUUUUAACCUAUAAACCACUUAAAAUACCAAUUUUGUUAUAUGCAAGUCUAAUUUGCAUACUCAAUCUUCUUACUCACAGAAACAAUGCAGUAAAAAAUAGAAUACAGUACUUUAAUCUAUGUGCCAAUUUUUAUUGCAACAUCUGUUUCUGCAAACCUACUGAAGAAUACUUUUUUUAAAACAAAUUCUGUGCAAAUUAUAAUGGAUUACACUAUUUAUGUAUAUUAUUGACAUACUAUUCUAAAACAGCUAUGCAUGAACUGUUACAUGGAUAAAUUAUAUUAAUGUGCUAUGUAACAUAAAAAAUUUUAGAUUUAAACGUGUUUGCUUAUGGUUGAAUUGUUAGUAUAACUUUUUUUAUGAAUAGAAUUGAUUGAUGUGACUUAGAUAUUGAAAUUUCAGACAUGGACAAUGACAGGAAGGUAAUUAAUAGUAAAAACUAUUAAAGUUUUAAAUUAGAUUAUAACUCACCAAUUGACAUUGAUUUUAAUGGUUAUUUAUUCAAAAAUUUUUUGAAAAGGUAAAGAAAUUGGUUGAGUCUACAUGUUAAGUUGCUGCAGAUGAAAAAAUGUAAAUGAAAUAAUUGCUUAAAACUGAGUGUACAUGUUAAAUAACUUUCUAACAUAAUCAUAAUAAAUCUACUUCAAUAUACUGUUAUUAACAAUAUGCUACUGUUCUUUAAAAUUUCAUAAAUCAAUAGCCUGGAAUUGGAAGUAUUAAUGUUUUUAAUUUGAAUUCUUGAGUAAUAAGGGAAAAAUUAUAAAUUUUCAAACUUCUCAUUGUGCCAGUGUAUGCAAUGUAAUGUGUUUUAAUGUUUUGUCCUCAGCUUUUGUCAGUCAUUAAAUGUACAAUUCAUUAUUUUCUUAUUUAGUUUCAUAAAUUCUUGCUCAUUUGAAUCAA